AUGAUAAAAAAUUCAUUCAUCUCAUUUCAAGAAAAAAAAAAAGAAAAUAGUGGGUCUGUUGAAUUUCAAGUAUUCAGUUUCACCAAUAAGAUACGAAGACUUACUUCACAUUUGGAAUUGCACAGAAAAGACUAUUUAUCUCAGAGAGGUCUACGGAAAAUUUUGGGAAAACGUCAACGACUGCUGUCUUAUUUGUCAAAGAAAAAUAGAGUACGUUAUAAAGAAUUAAUUAAUCAGUUGGAUAUUCGGGAAUCAAAAAAAAUUUCAUUUUUGAAUUAG